GAACGGCUCUAACAAAUCAGUCCGUGCUUGGGAAGCAGUAUUGCGGUUUGCGUCUGUCAGCCUCCUCAUGCUGCGCAAACGAUCGACUGAUCCACCGGCCGCUUACUAGUGUAUAUAGGGGCGCUCUCGCGUGAUACCGCUCGUGGGAAUACACCGCAAACAUGUCACGGCAUCAUCAGAGGACGCCGCUGAAAAACGAGGAGAGUGUGGUCGAGGUGAAGAGCAAAUUUGAGGCAGAGUACAGACGGUUCGCUCUGAAGAGAAACGGAGCCGGAGGCUUCCAGGAAUUCUACCAGCUGCUGCAGACCAUUCAUCGGAUCCCAGGUGUGGAUGUGCUACUGGGGUAUGCCGACAUCCACGGAGAUCUACUUCCGAUCAACAACGAUGACAACUUCCACAAAGCACUGUCCUCGGCCAAUCCGCUGCUUCGGAUUAUCAUUCAAAGGAGAGAUGAAGAUGACGCCAUACCCUUCCCUACAGGCUCUCUUCAGCGAAGAAAAAAGGGCUUAGCAGGUCUGCGUCAAUCCCAGCAGUCGAAAUCCAAACCGACGCUGCUCAUCGGCCUUCCGCAGGAUUUCCGUCAGAUCUCGUCCAUCAUAGACGUGGACAUCUUGCCCGAGACUCAUCUGCGCGUCCGUUUGCACAAACAAGGCUCCCACAAACCUCUUGGCUUCUACAUCCGCGACGGCGUCAGUGUUCGUGUGACUCCCCAAGGGGUGGAGAAAGUUCCAGGUGUCUUCAUUUCACGCCUCGUAAAGGGCGGCCUGGCUGAAAGCACGGGAUUACUGGGAGUAAACGAUGAGAUCCUGGAGGUAAACUGUAUCGACGUGGCAGGGAAAUCACUAGAUCAAGUCACCGACAUGAUGGUCGCCAAUAGUCACAACUUAAUACUUACGGUGAAACCUGUCAAUCAGCGGAACAACACCAUGCAUCGUGCGAGUAAAACCUCGGCGGGCAACAGUUCAGUUGGCUCGGUAGGCUCCGCCCUCUCCCACGACUCCGCCCCCAGUCCCGCCUGGCAGAACGCUAGCCAAUACAGCAACAGCGUGGCCGAGGGAGAUAGCGAUGACGAUACCGAUCUCAUUUUAGAGAACGACAACCUGCGAUCGUACAUGCCACACCGUCUGACUAAUGGCAACGGCAGCCACGGUACUGCCCUGUCAUCAGGAGCGUUCACGCACAGGCCACUCCCACAAAGUGUUUCCUUGCCCAGUAGCAGCUCUUUGUCAGACAGCAAGGCAUCAUUGAGCUCGCUGACCACGCCUACACACAACGGCAGCCCCACCAAGACGAGCAGCAGCCAGGAGAGCAUGCGAGAGGAUGGAAACUUUAUUACGUUGUGAGUUCAUGAAAGAAUAGGACGCAUUAUUGCGACUUCAUGCACAUUGACAAAAAAAUGAAGGAAAUGUAUAUUUUAUUAAGUUAUUUUCUGCUAUUGCUGUCACAAAACACACUGUUCAUAAUACACUCCAUGAACAAGAAAACAAUCCGCUGUGUGACUGUCACAUUAUGGAAGUGCCUUACGGCUCUCCACUUAUCUCGCCUUAGUCUAUGUUCGGACAACCGUAUUCAUCUCGCACACUGACUGCACGGACAUGUCCGUCAACUCACAAACACAGCGAAUAAAGUGCGCUAGCUACUACUGGAUGCCUGAUGUUUGCACAUCUCAGAGGAUGGGAGGGGAUUGCAUCACCUGGUGAAAGUGAUACCAAUACUUUUUUGAUUCCUCUCACUUUAACAGUGAUGAUGAUGAUGGAUGAGGAUGGUUGCUCAUAUAGCCUCUUACUGAUAUAUACUCAUCAUGGUUUCUGUAGGCCUCAAAAUCAGUUCAACAUAAUGAUUUUAAAGUGGUGUUAUUGGGUAUCAUCUCACAAUCCAUUCAGAUCUCUGAUGUCUGGCCGUAUGUAGAACCUGAGACAGUGAAUGAAGCGUAGCAUUAAAACCACUCUGCCUUUGGCACAGAAAAAACAUUUUCCCUCUCGGCUGUCACGGUGCAUUUAUUCAAAUGCCAGUGUAUGUACCAUGAUGGCACAUCCUUAAUAUUUGCAUUUCUAAUAUUUUCAUAAAACGCACACACAGUUGCAAUUGAAUUACUGCUUUAGAGGAAUAGGUCUCCUUCAAAAGGAAAAUUCCGGCAUCAUUCACUCACCCUGUUGUCAUUUUAAACCUGUGUGAUUUUCUUUCUUAUGUAGAACACAAACGAAGAUAUUUGGAAGAAUGUUGGUUACCAAAAACCGUUGGUCCCCAUUGACUUCUAUUAUAUGGAUGCAAAACCAGUGCAUGUAAAUAUCUUCUUUUGUGUUCUGCAGAAGAAAGACAAUCUCACAGGUUUAAAAUGGCACGAGGGCAUGUAAAUAAUGACUUUAUUUUGAAGGUUGAACCGUUCCUUUAAGAAACAGCUUUGGACAUGUUGUCUCUUUUUAUGUCAGCUUAAUGCGUUUCUCGCUUUGUUUUGCUCCCCUCCAGAAAAAUAGGAAUCUGUAUGUUUAAAUACAGAAAAAAACGUGACCUCUCAUAGGCUCAGUCUGUCCGGUUCUCCUGUGUGCACUCUGUUUUUCUGUGAGAAAGAAAGGAAAUUCCUUUCAUGUUUGGAAAGGCCAGAAUUCUGCACAUUGGGACCUUUUUCACACAAUUCACUCCUGAGCUGCGAGGCUUUCAUGGGGAUUUUUUUGUGUGUGUGUUCAGUCAUAUUUUUACAGUAUAAUCUUACAGAAAUGGAGCAAAACAUUGUUUCUUUAAUGUUUAACAGACCUCAGCAUGGAAGAACCUGCUUUAGGCAAAGGUUUCCCAGGUGAAUGCUUGUUUAGACUAUGGAGAUACCUGCCUCAGGACUUCCAGGGUUUCAAAUGCUGUCUGUCAAACCAUGCACAUUAGAUGGAGGCCGUUGUUUUUGGUUUUUACUUGUCCUGUCCUGAUCUGCUGAGGCAAAACUAUUUCUGGGCAUAAGUGAAGUGAAUACGUUACUAAUAUAUUUAUUUAGUUUUAAAGAAGAUUUAAAGAUUUAAAUAGGUAGGGGCCAGUGAAAAUAAUCAGGAAGCAAAUCUGUACAUGUCAUUUGAUGGGUGUGAUUGAAGGUAUGGGCUCAGAAGUGUUUUAUGGUUCAACUCGAUCAGCAAAUGAGGCUGCAAAAGCCACAGUAGCCUUGAGUCUAAACAACAACACGGUUUAUUUAAACAGGUCUAGACAUAACAUCUGUAAAACUGACACCCAGCGACUCUUAGCAACAUUGUUAUGAGCAGUCAAUGACAAGUAAAACCUGAAGGUGAUUUGAAACCUGAAGCAAGAGACUCCUUGAGAGACGUGAUAUUUAAUUUAAUUCUGUUUUAUUGUUGAUUUUUGGUGAUAGAAUGCCGAGAGUGAUGUGCUGGUCUGGGUUUCUUCCGGACAAAGUGAAGUGAUGCAUAUUCUCUCAUACGUAAACAGACAAUGUUUUGAUCUACACACAGAACAGCACACGAUCGGAGCACCAAUAAUACCACAUGAGCAUUUUUUUGUGUGUGUUUGUGUGUAUGUCAAUGUAUAUGUAUAAAUAGAAAUAUUAAAUGAUGGAGACUUUUGUAUACUAGGAGGCCUUUUAUAAAAAGAGCAUUUUAUAUACAUGUAAAAUAUGGAAAGUAUUUUUCUUAUUCUUGUACUUUUGUAUGUAUAUUAGAAUUCUGGAGAGGAGGUUUCUAUUUCUCUGUAUCAUGAACAAAAGAAAUCUUUAGAAGCUCGUGUUUUUAUUAUAAUCAGAUGGGUCGAGGUGUACAAUACUGUGAAUGUUAUAUGCUGAUUAUAAAAUGUUCUAUAAAGAUAAUAAAAGU